CUGGAGCUUCUGCUCAUAGGAGCUGGACCUCCUUUAUUCGUAUUCUUCUUUAGGCUUUUAUCGUGAAGGCUGCGAGCGGAAAUAGCGCUCGAUGCCUUAACGUGACGCUAGUCUGGACGCUAUAGCUAACCAUCAACUUAAAAUAGUGAGUAAACAGUUUAUCAGAGGACAGUUGGUGUUGGUGUGUUUAGCGGAGCUGGUGUAUUAUCUGAGGUUGUGACACACACAGAGCUGUGGGCUAGCGGUGCAGUUGGAAGGUAGUUAGCCAAGUGGCUAGCCACAAAGCUAACAGAAUGGACUUGUUUGACGACCUGCCAGAACCCACACAGACCACCGGUCCCGUUCCUGUUGCAGUCAUAGAUCAGCCACAAUCCACUAAAAGCGGUGAGGAGGAUGUGAAAAGUGUGCGAAGGAAACGAGAACAUUCUGACGGCCACACUGACCAAAAUGAGGAGCAGCCUGAGGAGAUCAAGAAAGUUUGUAAAGAAGGCCUCCCCACCUUGAAAGGUUAUGUGGCUGCCAGGCGUGGGGAGCGGGAGGAGAUGCAGGAUGCUCACGUGUUGCUGCCAGACAUGAGCAGUUGUCUGUCAACUCUGCCAUCACAAGUGUCUCGUGUCUCAUACUUCGCUGUGUUUGAUGGUCAUGGUGGAGCCCGAGCCUCUCAGUUUGCUGCCGAGCAUCUCCACCACAACCUGGCAAAGAAGUUCCCCAGUGGAGAUUCUGAGAAUUUAGACAAAAUGGUUAAGAAAUGUCUUUUAGACACAUUCCGCCAGACCGACGAAGACUUUCUGAAGAAGGCCUCCAGCCAGAAGCCAGCAUGGAAGGAUGGCUCCACAGCCACCUGUGUGCUAGUGGUGGAUGAUGUGGUUUAUGUGGCCAAUCUGGGUGACAGCAGGGCGGUGUUGUGUCGGAUGGAGGCAGCAGCAGAGGGUGAGAGCAGAUCGGUGACCUUGGCCCUCACUAAAGAACACAACCCAACCAUCUACGAGGAAAGGAUGAGGAUCCAGAGAGCAGGAGGCACUGUCAGGGACGGCAGAGUCCUGGGCGUCCUCGAGGUGUCUCGCUCUAUCGGAGACGGCCAGUACAAACGCUGUGGAGUCAUUUCAACCCCCGACCUGAGGAGGUGUCAGCUCACAGCCAACGACAGGUUUUUAAUUCUUGCCUGUGACGGUCUGUUUAAAGUGUUCUCUGCUGAUGAAGUUGUGAAAUUCGUCCUUAACAUCCUGCAGGAGAGGAGUGUGGAGCAGAAACCAGGGUUUGCGGAGGAGGAGCUGUGCUUUGAAGCUGCUUGCCAUCAGCUGGCGAGCGAGGCGGUGAGACGCGGCUGUGCUGAUAAUGUCACUGUGAUCCUGGUUUCAGUGUGCUUCUAAAUACUGUCAUCAUCUUCUUUACAACUCUGUCUUUUUGUUUUUCCCAUUUUUUUUAAUAAAAUGCUUUUGCUGUUAAAA